AUGGCAAACCCAACAACAGGGAAGUCCUCAAUUAGGGCUAAGCUUUCUAACUCUUCGCUAUCGAACUUAUUCAAAAAGAAUAAAAAUAAAAGGCAGCAUGAGGAUACGGAAGAGCAGGAUGUGGAGCAUCAGGUUGAAAAAGAGAAUCAAGAAGAGAAUAAGGACACACAGCUCACUCCGAGGAAGCGUCGUCGGUUGACCAAGGAAUUUGAAGAAAAUGAAACCCGCUACACGACCGAAUUGCCCAAGGACCUGCGCAAGUAUCGCCCAAAGGGCUUCCGAUUCAAUUUACCCCCCACGGAUAGGCCUGUCAGGAUCUAUGCAGACGGCGUCUUUGAUCUUUUCCAUUUGGGCCACAUGAAGCAACUGGAACAGUGUAAGAAGGCGUUCCCCAAUGUAACGCUGAUAGUCGGUGUGCCCAGCGAUAAAAUCACUCACAAACUGAAAGGGUUGACCGUACUGACCGACAAGCAACGCUGCGAAACUCUGAUGCAUUGCAAAUGGGUCGACGAGGUCGUACCCAACGCUCCCUGGUGUGUUACCCCAGAAUUCCUACUCGAACACAAAAUUGAUUACGUGGCUCACGAUGACAUCCCCUACGUUAGUGCUGACAGUGACGAUAUCUACAAGCCGAUAAAGGAAAGAGGUAAGUUCUUGACCACCCAAAGAACGGACGGUGUCUCCACGAGUGACAUCAUCACCAAGAUCAUCAGGGACUAUGACAAGUAUCUGAUGAGAAAUUUCGCAAGAGGGGCCACCAGACAAGAAUUGAACGUUUCCUGGUUAAAGAAGAACGAACUUGAGUUCAAGAAACACAUCAAUGAAUUCAGAUCGUACUUCAAGAAAAAUCAAACAAAUCUGAAUAACGCCUCCAGAGAUUUAUAUUUCGAAGUGCGUGAGAUCCUUCUAAAGAAAACCCUGGGUAAAAAACUCUAUUCCAAGUUGAUAGGCAACGAAUUAAAGAAGCAAAACCAACGGCAAAGACAAAGGCAGCAAAAUUUUCUGGAUGAUCCAUUUACCAGGAAGCUAAUCAGGGAGGCCUCUCCGGCUACGGAAUUUGCCAAUGAAUUUACAGGCCAGAAUCCCACUAAACCUGCCACUAAAGGUAUUUUCAGUCAAGACGAUGAUGAAGAAAGUAACUCCAACAACACAAAUACGAACUCGGAGUCGGAUUCAAACACAAAUUCAACCCCUCCUAGCGAUGAUGACGAUGACAAUGAUAGGCUGACCUUGGAAAAUUUGACUCAAAAGAAAAAAAAAUCUAGCAGCUGA